AUGAGAAUAUUGGUUUCAAGGCUUCUAAACAACGCGAAUUCCAAGCCGUUCUUGACUCUUAUCACUGCUACGGUAAAUCAAGCAGAAAGUAACUUACGAGAUAAAGCACGUCUCAACUCAGUCUCCGCCAGACAUUCCAGGGCAUGGCUUAUGGCAAUAUCUAACCAGAAAUUAGGACUGUUCAUGUCUCCUCAGAAAUUUAUGAUUGCUCUUCGUAUGCGGCUUGGCAUUCCUGUGUUUCCAUCUUCUCUUUCCAUCGUUCGGUGUUCUUGUAGUGCUGUCAUCGAUCCACAUAGAGAUCAGGUCUUGGGUUGUGGUCAUGGCUCACUAAGAAAUAAAAGGCAUGACACACUUUGUGACGUCAUUUUCAACACAGUUCUUGUUGACAACCGCGACUGCAAAAAGGAGCAACGGUGCAACAGCCACAACAAUGCCAGACCAGGGGAUGUGUUUCAUCCUGACGUCCUGCAGGGCCGAGCUGCGUAUUUUGAUGUGAGCGUUAGGAAUUCCCUACAGGCAUCAUAUCUUCAAGCUGUCGUAUUCAUCCGCGCCGUGGCAGACCAUCAAGCACAACUUCAAGUCACAAUUACGAGUGCAAUUCGAGAAGCAAUUAUAGCAGGAGGUGGAGCUCUUCUAGGUGCAUUUGUUGGUGGACCCCUGGCAUGGUUAUUGGAGCAACUGUGGGCAGUGUAG